AUGUCUGCACCUUCUGAGAAUCCUCCUCCCUUGGGACCCGGCCCUGUCGAUCAAUCAAAAACCUCACGAGAGAAUUCUCCUGCCCGCAACUCUCGCAGUGUCUCUGCCAUACCCCAUCUAUCACGAUCCCGGAAAAACAGUCAAGAGUUCAGUCCUACCCGGAAUGCAACCGCGGGUGGCUCUCUCUCCACUGUCCCCUCUGCUGCAGCGGUCCAGCGUGCUCUCUCCGCCCAGCGACCCAUUCUACCACCAGCAAGUGUCGACGGUGUCUUGGAAGGAGCACGCAGCGGCGAGAGACAGAUGAAGUCGGGUCAAACGUCGCCGGCAUGGCGAACCGCUCCUCGCGUCAAGUCUCCUCCUCCGAAGAAUGGGAGAGUUCCACCUCCUAAAAAGAGCGAAACAGAGCAAACCCCUUCCAAUACCUCGUCCAAGAGGUUGGCUGCAGCGUCUUCGCCCGAGCAAGUUGGGGCUAUGCUGGUCAAUGAUAGCCAGGAACCAGAAAGGAACAACUCAGCCGUGCGGACUCCCCGCGGUCCCAGCACUGGCACAAGUUUGCUCGAGACUGUCGCCGAGAGCAGUCUUCCCACCACUCCCUCGAUUGGGCCCGUGUUAUCCUCUCCAUUGGAGUCACGGGUUGAAGUUCCGUCGCUGGAUCCCAAGGUCGAUGUCCAGGCCGAGUCAUCGAUCGCGAAAGAAGGCGACGGCAGUGGCGGCGAUGUUAGCACCAAACCCAACACAAGCAAGACCGAAAAUGGCAGGAGAUCUAGGGCUCCAAGCACAUCGCGGCCGGCAUCAGAGCUUGCUAAGCGCUCUCUAACCAAUCUCACAACUGCCAAGAAUAAACCUACGGUGGAUCCACCCAGGACUAUGACGGUGGAAACUGAAACUGUGACGUCCAUGCCACAGCUCCUGAAUCCUGACCGAGGAGCUUCUGGUCGAGAUGGUACCGGAAGUAUCAGGGCCAAGCCAAGCUCGGAGACCAUCCGGCCUAAAAAGGAAAAGAAGAAAACCACACGCAAGACGCCAUCUCUACAUGCCGGGACCGCGACAUCGAAAGCCGACCUUUUCGAAGCCAGAGUUGCGAGUGCAGUGGAUGAGGCUGAUUCUUCGGAUUCUGAUGAAACCUUUGUGUAUGAAUCCAACCCAGUGGAUCGCCCGAUGAGGCACCAUUCGCGCACACCGAGUGCUACAUCAUUGACCAGCCAGGAUCAGUUCGGGACACGAAACAAACACGGGGUGAGGAACGGAAGCCAUGCUAUUGCCGGCAAGAAGAGCAUGAAGUUUUCUAACAACACUUACAAUAAUCACCUCGAUGGAGAACCAGGCGCGGACGGUCGUGGAAGUCAACGCAAUGCAAGUUCCACUCCACGCCACCAUCACAUCAGCCGACAUGGGAGACCGCAUCAUACUUCAAUUCUUGAUACCGAUUCUCCAUUCACUCAAGCAAGCAAACAACACUCUCCUCGCUCUUCCGUCAAUAACUUGUCUCGAUUUUCUCGGCCUAACAGUCCUCGAGUAUCGAAUGGACGCCUACCAAACACUUCCCGAAAGGGAGACCCAUAUGAUGCGUAUGACGAUGCUGCCGAUGACGAGAGAGCACCAUUGAUUGGAUCAGUUCGAAUCAACCGAUCUCGCCAUAGCCGUCGACCACAGAGUGGCAGCUUUCGACCGAUGGAUUACAAUGACGGGUACGAACAAAACUAUUGUGGACGAUGGGGCAGCUGUGCUUUCCUCGCGUUCAUUUUGGUUCUGGUUUGUAUGGGAAUAGCUACUUUUGUUGUGGCUGUCAAUCGACCAUUGAUGGAUGUGUCGAUCAAGCAUAUUCAAAAUGUGCUUGCUUCGGAGCAAGAGAUCAUGCUGGACUUGCAUGUCGAAGCCACCAACAUGAAUCUGUUUGUCAUUACCGUUACCGAUUUGGAUGUCAAUCUUUUCGCGGAGAGCCCGUACGUGGGAACGAACGAGGACUGGAAGGGAGGGGAGACCACACUGCGCUGGGUCAAGCGAGGUAGCUACUGGCCACCUUGGCAGUCACCAGACGGAGUGGAUGAAGGUACAGACCCCAUCGACGAUCCGGAGCCUGGAACACAAAAGAUGCUACUGGGAAGGAUUUUCGAGUUUGAUUCACCAUUGGUGUUUGAUGCUUCGCCUGUGCGGCGGACACGCUCAUCAUCAGUGGGGGAGAUACGCCUCGCGAAACCAGGAAACCGAACAGAAGAGGGCGGAUCUGCUCGAUGGGAAAGAGUGUUGCAACACCCGUAUGACUUGAUCGUGAGAGGAGUGAUUAAAUAUCAACUUCCAUUGAGCUCAAAGUCGCGAUCGGCCAAGAUUGGCAGUCGGAUCAAGGUUCUCCCGUCGGAUGAUACAGGGGAUGGUCCUGGUGACAAGUUGAAUUCAUCAUGGGCAGUUGGCGGCCGAUAA